AUGAAUUCCCAAGGAAUAAGGGAGCCACCAGAUUUUAAAGACAAUCCUUUGAAGCACGGCCUAGGGUAUGACCCUACAAAGGAUCAAACUACAAGAAGAAAGGGAAAGUCUCCCCUCCGCCCACUAAAUCAGAUCUUCCAAAGCGGAGGGAUACAAGCGUCGAGAGCAACUUUAGUAGCGGAUGGUCGUCCACUUAGGCCAGAUGGCUGUCUGCCAGUGGCUGUUGGGGCUAGAUGGCCGUCCAUUCAGAGCGAAUGGCCUUCUAGGGGUUGCCGUUGGGGGCAGACGGUCAUCCAACCCAGCCAGACGGUCGUCCAGGAGUGGCUGUUGGGGGGCAGAUGGCCGUCCAC